UUACGUUGCAAAGAACAAGGCAGCCACCCCUCUUGUCUCCCCGUGAUCAUUACAGUAAAGAGGUUCAGAAAAGAGGGAGGCUUCACCCGGAACUCCCAAGGCUUGGAGAUGUGAUCCCCCAAAAGUUUAGUCGGCGAAUGGGAGACUGAAGGGUGACGAGAAGGGAGCAGGCGCGCUCGGCGCUCUGACGGGGCGUGCGGCGGCAGAAUUUUAAAGGGCUCUGCCUCGGAUCGCUUGCCCCGGGUGACCUCCCGGACCUGCCCUGGCGGAAUCCGGACUUGCCCCGCCGAGAUGACGAGGAAUAAUUCUGCUACAAGGCUGAUUUCAAGGACAUGAAUUGUUGACCUCAUCCCAACAUCAGAACCUCAGAUGUUCUAAUUUUUGCACCAUUCCAGGCAAGUUGAUCUUAUAAGGAAAUAAAAUUGAACCUUAGGGGUCUGAUGGGAAUUCACUGUGACAUUCAAAUCAAGAAAAUGCCCACAGAGCCUUUUCCCCAUGGGCCCUGAUGGUAGCCUCCAGAAGGUGCAGCCUCAGGUGGUCCACCUUCUUCUGUGGCAAGAAUAAACUUUGGGUCUUGGAUUGCAGUAUCACCUGUGGAGAAAAUGGUAUGCGAGGGAAAACGAUCAGCCUCUUGCCCUUGUUUCUUCCUCUUGACCGCCAAGUUCUACUGGAUCCUCACAAUGAUGCAAAGAACUCACAGCCAAGAGUAUGCCCAUUCCAUACGGGUGGAUGGGGACAUUAUUUUGGGGGGUCUCUUCCCUGUCCAUGCAAAGGGAGAGAGAGGGGUGCCUUGUGGGGAGCUGAAGAAGGAAAAGGGGAUUCACAGACUGGAGGCUAUGCUUUAUGCAAUUGACCAGAUUAACAAGGACCCUGAUCUCCUUUCCAACAUCACUCUGGGUGUCCGCAUCCUCGACACUUGCUCCAGGGACACCUAUGCUUUGGAGCAGUCUCUAACUUUCGUGCAGGCAUUAAUAGAGAAAGACGCUUCGGAUGUGAAGUGUGCUAAUGGAGAUCCGCCCAUUUUCACCAAGCCCGACAAGAUUUCUGGUGUCAUAGGUGCUGCAGCAAGCUCCGUGUCCAUCAUGGUUGCUAACAUUUUACGACUUUUUAAGAUACCUCAAAUCAGCUAUGCAUCCACAGCCCCAGAGCUAAGUGAUAACACCAGGUAUGACUUUUUCUCUCGAGUGGUCCCACCUGACUCCUACCAAGCGCAAGCCAUGGUGGACAUCGUGACGGCACUGGGAUGGAAUUAUGUGUCGACACUGGCUUCUGAGGGGAACUAUGGCGAGAGUGGUGUGGAGGCCUUCACUCAGAUCUCAAGGGAGAUUGGUGGUGUUUGCAUUGCUCAGUCACAGAAAAUCCCACGUGAACCAAGACCUGGAGAAUUUGAAAAAAUUAUCAAACGCCUGCUAGAAACACCUAAUGCUCGAGCAGUGAUUAUGUUUGCCAAUGAGGAUGACAUCAGGAGGAUAUUGGAAGCAGCAAAAAAACUAAACCAAAGUGGACAUUUUCUGUGGAUUGGCUCAGAUAGUUGGGGAUCCAAAAUUGCACCUGUCUAUCAGCAAGAGGAGAUUGCAGAAGGGGCUGUGACAAUUUUGCCCAAACGAGCAUCAAUUGAUGGAUUUGAUCGAUACUUUAGAAGCCGAACUCUUGCCAAUAAUCGAAGAAAUGUGUGGUUUGCAGAAUUUUGGGAGGAGAAUUUUGGCUGCAAGUUAGGAUCACAUGGGAAAAGGAACAGUCAUAUAAAGAAGUGCACAGGACUGGAGCGAAUUGCUCGGGAUUCAUCGUAUGAACAGGAAGGAAAAGUCCAAUUUGUAAUUGAUGCGGUAUAUUCCAUGGCUUAUGCCCUACACAAUAUGCACAAAGAUCUCUGCCCUGGAUACAUUGGCCUUUGUCCACGAAUGAGUACCAUUGAUGGGAAAGAGCUACUUGGUUAUAUUCGGGCUGUAAAUUUUAAUGGCAGUGCUGGCACACCCGUCACUUUUAAUGAAAACGGAGAUGCUCCUGGACGUUACGAUAUCUUCCAGUAUCAAAUAACCAACAAAAGCACAGAGUACAAAGUCAUCGGCCACUGGACCAAUCAGCUUCAUCUAAAAGUGGAAGACAUGCAGUGGGCUAACAGAGAACACAUUCACCCAGCGUCUGUCUGCAGCCUGCCAUGUAAGCCGGGGGAGAGGAAGAAAACAGUGAAAGGGGUCCCUUGCUGCUGGCACUGUGAACGCUGUGAAGGUUACAACUACCAGGUGGAUGAGCUCUCCUGUGAACUUUGCCCUCUGGAUCAGAGACCAAACAUCAACCGCACAGGCUGCCAGCUUAUCCCCAUCAUCAAAUUGGAGUGGCAUUCUCCCUGGGCUGUGGUGCCUGUGUUCGUUGCAAUAUUGGGAAUCAUCGCCACCACCUUUGUGAUUGUGACCUUUGUCCGCUAUAAUGACACACCUAUUGUGAGGGCUUCAGGACGUGAACUCAGUUACGUGCUCCUAACAGGAAUUUUUCUCUGUUAUUCAAUCACCUUUUUAAUGAUUGCAGCACCAGAUACAAUUAUAUGCUCCUUCCGACGGAUCUUCCUAGGACUUGGCAUGUGUUUCAGCUAUGCAGCCCUUCUGACCAAAACAAACCGUAUCCACCGAAUAUUUGAGCAGGGGAAGAAAUCUGUCACAGCGCCCAAGUUUAUUAGUCCUGCAUCCCAGCUGGUGAUCACCUUUAGCCUCAUCUCUGUCCAGCUCCUUGGAGUGUUUGUCUGGUUUGUUGUGGAUCCCCCCCACAUCAUAAUUGACUAUGGGGAGCAGCGGACACUAGAUCCAGAGAAGGCCAGGGGAGUGCUCAAGUGUGACAUUUCUGAUCUCUCACUCAUUUGUUCACUUGGAUACAGUAUCCUCUUGAUGGUCACUUGUACUGUUUAUGCCAUUAAAACCAGAGGUGUCCCAGAGACUUUCAAUGAAGCCAAACCUAUUGGAUUUACCAUGUAUACCACCUGCAUCAUUUGGUUAGCUUUCAUUCCCAUCUUUUUUGGUACAGCCCAGUCAGCAGAAAAGAUGUACAUCCAGACAACAACACUUACUGUCUCCAUGAGUUUAAGUGCUUCAGUGUCUCUGGGCAUGCUCUAUAUGCCCAAGGUUUAUAUUAUAAUUUUUCAUCCAGAACAGAAUGUUCAAAAACGCAAGAGGAGCUUCAAGGCUGUGGUGACAGCUGCCACCAUGCAAAGCAAACUGAUCCAAAAAGGAAAUGACAGACCAAAUGGCGAGGUGAAAAGUGAACUCUGUGAGAGUCUUGAAACCAACACUUCCUCUACCAAGACAACAUAUAUCAGCUACAGCAAUCAUUCAAUCUGAAACAGGGAAAUGAUACAUUCUGAAGAAAUGUGGUAUAUGAUGUUAAACAAUGAACAUGAGACCACAAAAAUUCACUCCUGGAGAUCUCCGUAGACUACAAUCAAUCCAAUCAAUAGUCAGUCUUGUAAGGAACAAAAAUUAGCCAUGAGCCAAAAGUAUCAAUAAACGGGAAGUGAAGAAACCCGUUUUAUACAAUAAAACCAAUAAGUGUCAAGCUAAAGUAUUGCUUACUCAUGAGCAGUUAAAAAAAAAUCACAAAAGGAAAACUAAUGUUAGCUUGUGAAAAAAAAUGCUGUUGAAAUAAAUCAUGUCCGAUGUUAUUCUUGUAAGUAUUUUUCUGUGAUUGUGAGAACUCCCGUUCCUGUCCCACAUUGUUCAACUUGUAUAAGAAAAUGAGUCUGUUUCUUGUAAUGGCUGACCGGAUUGAAGCCCUGGGUUGUGCUAAAAAUAAAUGCAAUGAUUGAUGCAUGCAAUUUUUUAUACAAAUAAUUUAUUUCUAAUAAUAAAGGAAUGUUUUGCAAAUGUU